AGGUUCAUUCAUCGUUCAUCGUCUCCGUUUAGAAACCAAAAAUGAUGCGGAGCAUUGACGUCCACGUUAAAACCCUAACCCCUUCCGUCCGUACAAUCCUCUCCUCGAUCUUCACUCCUAAGCAGAAACCGCCGCCGCUUCCGCUUCCGCUGUACUUCUCCUCGCGCUCGUCGUCACACGCUUCACCUCGUUUCUUCUCCAGUUCUCCGAUCCACGGUGGUUUAAGAAGCUUCGGGUCCCUCUUCGCCGUGAGGGUGGCUUUUUCUUCCUCCACAGCCGCUUCGCUUCAGCCGCAGCAGCAGAAUCAGAAUCAGCAGCAACCAGUGGGGGAGUGUGGUGAAAAGGUCCCGACUUUGGAGGUUGCUGAUGGGAGUUACGGCGGAUUAGAGGAGGAUACGAAGCUUUCUCUUCCUGUUCGAGCUUAUUUCUUCUCCACUAGCGUUGAUUUGAAAGGCUUAGUUGAGCAGAACAAGCACAACUUCAUCCCACCCACUUCGCGUAUGACUAACUAUGUUGUUCUCAAGUUCGGAAACCAUACUGAUCCCACUGGUACUGGUAGUUGUAUAAGUGGGAGUGAGUGCAUUUACAUGGUGGUAUUCCAGUACGGAUCGAUUGUCUUGUUUAACGUACGGGAACACGAGGUUGAUGAGUAUCUUAAAGUGGUCGAGAGGCAUUCUUCUGGUUUGCUUUCUGAGAUGAGAAAAGAUGAAUACGAAGUGAGAGAGAAUCCAGAUCUGAACACCUGGAUGCAAGGAGGACUGGACUACAUUAUGUUGCAGUUCUUGAAUAUUGAUGGCAUCAGAACCAUCGGCAGUGUUCUUGGCCAGAGCAUAGCUCUGGAUUACUAUGGCCGGCAGGUUGAUGGUAUGGUAGCAGAAUUUACGGACAUAAACCGUGGGAUGGAGAAAACAGGAACGUUUACAAUGGACAGGAAGAAGCUUUUCCAGUUGGUUGGAAAGGCUAAUUCUAAUCUGGCUGAUGUGAUUCUGAAGCUUGGUCUUUUUGAGAGGUCAGAUAUAGCUUGGAAGGAUGCUAAAUACGCUCAGAUAUGGGAGUAUCUUAGGGAUGAGUUUGAAUUGACACAGAGAUUUGCAAGCCUUGAUUUUAAGCUCAAGUUUGUAGAGCACAACAUUCGUUUUCUUCAGGAGAUACUUCAGAACAGGAAAUCAGAUUUUCUAGAGUGGCUAAUCAUUAUCCUGAUCAGUGCCGAAAUCGCUAUUUCAUUGUACGAUAUGGUCCGAAGAUCCUUGUGACCACAUCCUCCUCUGCUAUUCUUUAAAGCAUAUUUCUUCCUUGUGGUGACAAGUAAAAACACACUCUCUUUUGUUUUCACGCUGUAAAGUGAUAGGAAAGCUCAUUAAAUCAUAAUUUUAGGACUGAGUUUCAUACAAUUCUCCUCCUUAUUCACUGCUUAUCUGCAGUCAAACAAUAAUAUGCAUCUUUGAAGUUGA